AACUGACUGAGGGGAAAUAAAUGGAGUAGGAAUGACCAGACAGCACCAUCCUUUAGGCGGAAAAGAAAUAAAGUUGCUGAGGGACGAUGGCGGGGAGUUGCAAACAGAGCAAUUCCUACCAGCUGUUGAUCAACCAGAGGCUGGACCUGGAAGAGGGAGCUGAUCUCUUGGAUCCAGAUAUGCAACAAAAACUUGAUGAAGUAAAAGAUCUGAUUCGACGCGAAAUACAAAAGGAGCUAAAAAUCAAAGAGGGAACAGAGAACUUGCGCAAAGUGACAACGGAUAAGAAAAAUCUGGCACAUGUGGAAAACAUUUUGAAAACCUCAAAUCGCAAAUUGGAACGUCUGCAUUGGGAACUUCAGGAGCUGAAUGCACGAAUUAUGAUCACAGAUAGGGACAAUCGGGGAGAUGUUGGAAUGUCUCCAGACCCCUGUUGCUGGGAGCAGUGUCUAACUCCUCUCAGCAGUCGAAUCACUGCUCUGAAGAGACAGCUAAAUAUUGAAAUGAAGGUUAAGCAGGGGGCUGAAAACAUGAUCCAGAUGUAUUCAAAUAGACCAUCGAAGGAUCGUAAAAUGUUAGCAGCGGCGCAACAGAUGUUACAAGCCAGCAAAAUGAAGAUUGAUAUAAUCAGAAUGCAAAUCCUAAAAAUGAAUCGCACUAUCGGAGCAUUUGAGGAUAACAAUGACAGCAUAGGAAUCAUCACUCCUCUGGAGCUGCGAAUUGAAGAACUGAGACAUCAUCUCUGGGUUGAGUCUGCAAUAGCAGAAGGUGCAAAAAAUGCAGUGAAAUUGCUGGAAGGAAGGAGAGUCCAAGACAAAGUUCUUGUUGAGGCACAGUCGCAAUUGCAGGAGUCAGUCCAGAAAAUAGAUCUGCUUCGUAUGUCCCUAGAGAACCGUAUGAGUGAGCUCCCUCAUGGUCACCCAAAACAUGAAGUUAUCAAAGAAGAGCUGAAAAUGGUGAAUUCUCCCUCGGCAGCACUAACUCAUGUUGGCGCAUCGUACCUCUCUGCGGCCUUUAUCAAAUCAGCAGCACUAACAGGUACAUUGGAGGUAAAGUUAAUAGGAUGCCAGAACCUUCUUGAAAAUGUCCCUGGUCGCUCAUGGAUAAUGAUUGCAUCUCCCAGUCCAGGAACCCCUUUAUCAUCUGUUAAGCCACGAGCAGGGAUGAGUAUUCAUAGGCGAAAUACAGCACGCCGUUACUUAAAAUCAGAGGAACUAAGUACUGAAGCGAGUGCUGUUUUGAAACUUGACAAUCGAGUUGUGGGACAAACGCAUUGGCGUUCAGUGAAGAAUCAAACGUGGGAUCAGACCUUCAGCAUUGAACUUGACAGGUCUCGUGAAUUGGAAAUAGCUGUUUACUGGCGGGACUGGCGAGAGCUAUGUGCAGUAAAGUUUCUGAGACUUGAAGAUUUCCUGGACAACCAGUGCCAUGUGAUGACCCUAUGCUUGGAGCCACAGGGGAUACUUUCUGCAGAGGUGAUCUUCUGUAAUCCUGCCAUUGACCAAUCCCCAAAGCUGCGACGACAGAAUCGAAUUUUCCCGAAAGAGAAAGGGAGAAACUUUUUGAGAGCAUCACAGAUGAAUAUUAAUAUUGCCACCUGGGGACGUCUAAUGAUGAGUCUGCUGCCUCCUUGUAGCAGCAUGACCACAAUGAGUCCACCAUUACCUCCAGCUGAGUCCAGUUUCACAUCUUCUGGAGCACCAUGCACUUUCAGCACCUUAUCCCCAGAAUCAAGGGCCUUUACACCUAUCAACCUAAACUUCAGCCCAGAGCCGCCGCCGCCUCCCAAGCCACCUCGGCUUUUUAUAAAUUCCGCCUCAGAAGAAAGGAUACUUCCGCUUGCUGGCAGCCAGAGUGUAAUUGGAAGCAGUACAGAGGUAAAUCCACAGGCUAACCAAGCCCCAGAGAUUCUAAACCUAACUGAGGUUACACCCAGAAAGCAGACCUUGCAUCUCGAAGACUUCAAUUGUGUUGCUUUGCUGGGACGAGGUCACUUUGGAAAGGUGUUGCUUGCUCAACAUAAACCGACAAAGAAAAUGUUUGCUAUUAAAGCCUUGAAGAAAGGAAAUGUAGUGUCUCGCGAUGAAAUAGACAGCCUAAUGUGUGAGAAGCGCAUCUUUGAAACAGUUAGCUCUGUGCAGCAUCCUUUCCUUGUGAACCUUUUUGCCUGCUUUCAAACAACAAAUCACGUUUGUUUUGUGAUGGAGUAUGCACCUGGAGGAGACCUAAUGAUGCAUAUUCGUUCCAAUAUCUUCUCUGAACCCCAAGCUAGAUUUUAUGCAGCUUGUGUUAUCCUGGGAUUGCAAUUUCUACACCAGAAAGAUAUAGUUUACAGGGAUCUGAAAUUGGACAAUUUGUUGAUGGAUGCUGAAGGUUAUAUUAAAAUUGGUGACUUUGGGCUCUGUAAAGAAGGAAUGGGUUCUGGCGAUUACACAAACACAUUUUGUGGAACUCCUGAGUUCUUGGCUCCAGAGGUGCUGACUGAGACCUCAUACACGCGAGCUGUUGACUGGUGGGGGCUGGGCGUCCUUAUUUAUGAAAUGCUGGUGGGAGAGUGCCCCUUUCCAGGAGAUGAUGAUGAUGAGAUUUUUGAUAGCAUUGUCAAUGAUGAAGUCUGCUACCCACGAUUCCUUUCUACUGAGGCUAUUUCAGUGACAAGAAAGCUUCUGAGAAAGAAUCCAGAAUGUCGCUUGGGGGCUGGUGAUCAGGAUGCGGAAGAUGUGAAAAAGGAGCUGUUUUUCAAGGAAAUGGAUUGGGAAGCCCUGUUAGCUCGAAGAGCAAUACCACCAUUUAUUCCAAAAAUAAGGAGCCCAUUUGAUGUCCAGAACUUUGAUGACGAGUUCACAUCCCAGAGACCAAUCCUUUCUCCAUUUUCUGAUUUCCAGCCACUAACUUCACAGGAACAGGCAAUGUUUGAAGGGUUUGACUCUGUAGUUGAUUUUUAACAAGGUGACUGACCUAUAGGAUUUGAAUGCACUGUCAUGACAUAGCUUAAGAAUGCUGACUAUUUACUAUAAGUUGAAUUGAAGCUCUUGUGGCUACAAAGUUUUGAGAAGUUUGGUGCUUCACUGAUGGUAACCUGAAUAUUUUAUUCAACAUGUAAUUUCCAAGGUGACCAGAACACUGGACUUGAGUUUCAUUCUAUGAAUGCAUUUUAUUUUCUUAUCCUAUAAUCAAUGUGUGAACUUUAAUCAUUACACCAAAAUAAUGAGAUUGUUCAUCAUUUUGGAAAUUAACUAUGCACAGUAGUGUUGGGAAGGUAUGGCUCCCGAGGUAACUGAGGCACUUUUAUUGUGAUAAAUGAACCAAGUCAAUGUUAAAUUCAUAUGUUUGUUAGGUCAAAGUUUUUUUUUUUAACUUAGACAUUCAAAAUUGUUGAUGUCUAAAAAAAGUAAUCCCAACACUGGCCUCCUGUUUUAAAGAAAUUCCAUUGUAAGUGGAGAUUCCUGCUACAGGCACUUUUCCACAGUUUUGAAUCUAUCUGGGAAAUAUUUGCAGUAAUAAGUUGUAUGUACCUUUGUCCCCACCCCCUCAACAUUCCUGCCUCAUUCAACCAUUGAUCUUCAACAGCUGCAAUUGUCUUUGUUCUGCAAUCCGAAAUACAGGACUUAACUUUCUGCAGCAAGACUGGCUCCAUCCAUGUUUCCGUCUCUAUUAAUAGUGCUUUGCAAUGAGGACUGGACCAAAUUACCAAUUAUUUUGGGCAAAUUUGGAUGUGAAUUGAAAGAAUUUGAACUUUUUAUGAUGUUGUAACCACACUAAAACUUCAAGAUCAGUUAUAAAAUAUGCUAUUUUGUCCAGGUGGACGUUAAAUAUUUGUAAGAGCUUUGUUAACUUCCUCCCUCCAAUUCCCACCUACAGACUUGGAAGUAUAUUUUUCUGCUUUUUCUUUAAUAAAAAAAAAAAAAAUCUUUUUCACUCUGGAACCUCUCUGAAUAUAUUCAAGUGGUCUUUUUGUGAUGGCAGUUUUGGUUUGCUUGUCUUAUCUUGCUGAGCAGAGAAGACAGGUUGGAGACAAUUGCACUGAUUUCAAUGGAUGAUAUAAGGACAGUUUGGUGUGUGCCUAGGUUUGCUCUGACUUUCUUUUUCCUGACCUGGGGGAGAAGAGAGGCUAAGUCCAUAUCUGGAGAAAUGCAACUGAUUCUAGGAAUUGCUUGUUUAUUUGUUUAAGCUUCAGUUUGUUACUUUUGUAUGCCUUACUCUUGCAGAGUAUGUUCAUAUACCUUGGAUUUAUGGGGGAAUACAAGUCCUUUUUAAAAUACUGCACUUAACUUUAAACAUCCAUUUCAAAUAUCUUCCUCUAAGUUAUUUCACUUCGGUUCAUAACUUCUGAGCAUUCGAUUAAACAGAUUUAUAAAAUUAAUAGUGGUAUUGAUAUUAAAUGACCCUGAAUGAAAGAAGGAUGUGAUCUAAAGCUUACCCCAUAUUGGCUUUUCUGAUCUUGAUCUCCUGCAUGUAGAAAGCUAGAUAUUACCCAAAGAAGUGAAGAAAAAUGUCUGGAGCAAAUUUGUUUUGGGUCACUGCUAAAUACUCUGAGCAAUGGUUUGGAAGCAGACAGGUGGCCUCACUUCUAGUCCAAGGAAUGGGCAAGGUGGAACUAUUUGAUUCCUCAGAUCUUAAAGUCAUUCCAAGAAUCAGAAGUAUUGCUUUAUGAAGGAAAACGAUAUAAAUAGAUAUUUAUGCAAAUAUUUAGAUAAAGUAUGUUAUUUAAGACUAGUUUUAUAUGGAAAAACACUAUGGAAUUUUU